AUGGCUGCUACCGCCAAGGACCAUCUCGAUGUCGGUGGCAAGAUCGCAUGGCUCUCCAGCCUCGACACCGCCUACCAGCCCGAGAAGAACUACCGUCGUUCUUCCAUCAUCUGCACCAUUGGCCCCAAGACCAACUCCGUCGAGGCCAUCAACGCUCUGCGCAAGGCCGGUCUGAACGUUGUUCGCAUGAACUUCUCCCACGGCAGCUACGAGUAUCACCAGUCUGUCAUUGACAAUGCCCGCGCCGCCGAGAAGGCCCAGCCUGGCCGUCAGAUUGCCAUUGCCCUCGACACCAAGGGCCCCGAGAUCCGUACCGGAAACACAAAGAACGAUGAGGAUCUCCCCAUCGCCGCCGGCAAGGUCCUGAACUUCACCACCGAUGAGCAGUACGCCACUGCUUGCGACACCGACAACAUGUACGUCGAUUACAAGAACAUCACCAAGGUUAUUGAGCCCGGCCGCAUCAUCUACGUCGACGACGGUGUCCUCGCCUUCGACGUCCUCAGCGUCAAGGAUGACAAGACUGUCGAGGUCCGCGCCCGUAACAACGGCUUCAUUUCCUCCAAGAAGGGUGUCAACUUGCCCAACACCGAUGUCGAUCUUCCCGCCCUUUCCGAGAAGGACAAGAACGAUCUCAGAUUCGGCGUCAAGAACAACGUCGAUAUGGUCUUUGCCUCCUUCAUCCGCCGCGGCCAGGACAUCCAGGACAUCCGCGAUGUUCUCGGUCCCGAGGGCAAGCACAUCCAGAUUAUUGCCAAGAUCGAGAACCGUCAAGGUCUUAACAACUUCGAGGAGAUCCUCGCCGAGACCGACGGUGUCAUGGUUGCCCGUGGUGAUCUCGGUAUCGAGAUUCCCGCCGCCGAGGUUUUCGCUGCCCAGAAGAAGAUGAUCGCCCUCUGCAACAGAGCCGGCAAGCCCGUCAUCUGCGCCACCCAGAUGCUCGAGUCCAUGAUCAAGAACCCCCGCCCUACCCGUGCCGAGAUCAGUGACGUUGGUAACGCUAUUACCGACGGUGCCGACUGUGUCAUGUUGUCCGGUGAGACCGCCAAGGGUAGCUACCCCAAUGAGGCCGUUUCUGAGAUGCACGAGGCUUGCCUCAAGGCCGAGAACACCAUCCCCUACGUUUCCCACUUCGAGGAGAUGUGCACCCUGGUCAAGCGCCCCGUCAGUGUUGUCGAGUCUUGCGCCAUGGCCGCUGUCAGAGCUUCCCUCGACCUGAACGCUGGUGGCAUCAUCGUUCUCUCCACAUCCGGAGAGUCUGCCCGCCUUCUGUCCAAGUACCGCCCCGUCUGCCCCAUCUUCAUGGUCACAAGAAACGCCUCCGCAUCCCGCUACGCUCACUUGUACCGUGGUGUCUACCCCUUCCUGUUCCCCGAGGCCAAGCCCGACUUCAGCAAGGUCAACUGGCAAGAGGAUGUCGACCGCCGCAUCAAGUGGGGUGUUGAGCACGCUUUGGAGCUCAACGUCGUUAGCAAGGGCGACACUCUCGUCGUUGUUCAGGGCUGGAAGGGCGGCAUGGGUAACACAAACACCCUGCGUAUCGUCAAGGCCGACCCCGAGCACCUUGGCAUUGGAACGUUGUAAUGGAUUGGAUUGUGGAUGAGGAAUGAAAAGAGAAAGAGAUGCCCGUCGGCGCGCGGGAGAUACCAAAGUACCUAGUAAACCGUGAUAGACGAUGGUGGACUAGACUGUCCAGCACACACGAGUAUGAUUUGCACACAUGAAUAAAGUUGAUAUCACCUUCCAAAAAAUAAAUAAAAAAGGAUCGUCGAAAUGCGAUUAC